AUGCCUUUGCCAUUGUUCGGCAAGUCUCACAAAUCGCCACCAGACAUUAUCAAAAAUUUGAAAGAUUCGUUAGUACAGUUGGAUAAAUUAGAACGUGGUGACAAGAAAGCAGAAAAAGUUGCUGAAGAAGUGAGCAAAUCAUUACAGUCAAUCAAAUGUAUUAUCUAUGGUCAAGAAGGUCAGGAGCCAAAUAUGGAACAGGUAGCACAACUGGCUCAAGAAGCAUACAAUUGUUCAGUUCUUCCUAUGCUUAUUCUAAACUUGAUAAAACUUGAUUUCGAAGCAAAGAAAGAUGUUGCGCAAAUUUUCAACAAUCUUUUGCGUCGACAAAUUGGAACUCGGUCACCAACUGUAGAAUACGUACAUACAAGAUCGCAGAUUCUUGAUGCGUUAGUAAAAGGUUAUGAGACCCCCGAAAUAGCUGUUACAUGUGGUAGUAUGUUACGAGAAUGUAUUCGGCAUGAAAAUCUUGCAAAAUUAGUUCUUUAUGGCAAAGAUUUCUACAAUUUCUUUAACUAUGUUUCUACCUUUGACAUAGCAUCAGACGCUUUUUCGACAUUCAAAGAAUUGGUUACACGACACAAAGCUCUCUGUGCUGAAUUUUUGGAUACUAAAUAUGAUGAAUUUUUCAAGGCUUACCAGAACCUGUUGAAUUCAGAAAAUUAUGUUACGAGAAGACAGUCCUUAAAGCUGCUCGGAGAACUAUUGCUGGAUCGUCAUAACUUCAAUAUAAUGACGAAAUACAUCAACAAUGCAGAUAAUUUAAAGCUGAUGAUGAAUAUGCUGAAAGAGAAAAGUCGCAGCAUACAAUUUGAAGCUUUUCAUGUGUUCAAGGUUUUUGUCGCCAAUCCAAACAAGUCCAAGGCUGUUGCGGAUAUUUUGCUGAGGAACAAAGAAAAGUUGGUUGAAUUUCUAACGAAUUUCCAUACCGAUCGCACAGAAGAUGAGCAGUUCAAUGACGAAAAAGCUUAUCUCAUCAAGCAAAUACAAGAUAUGAAAACAUAA